UGAGACACAGCAGCCCUGAGGACAGACUGAGACACAGCAGCACCGAGGACAGACUGAGACACAGCAGCCCUGAGGACACACUGAGACACGGCAGCCCUACGGACACACCGAGACACGGCAGCACUGAGUACAGACCAAGACAUGGCAGCACUGAGGACAGACUGAGACACAGCAGCACUGUGGACAGACUGAGACACAGCAGCCCUGAGGACAGACUAAGAAACAGCAGCACUGAGGACAAACUAAGAAACAGCAGCACUGAGGACAGACUGAGACAGACUGGGAUCCAGUUCUGGGACACAGCAGCACUGAGGACAAGGUGUCAGACACGAUGCUGAGCAGGCUCAUGGAGAGAAGGGGGCUGGCUGUCCUCCUGCUGGCAGGGCUCAGCGUGGUCACCCAUGGCCGAAGCAGGAGACCCUACCUGGUGAAGACAGCAAUGAGCUGGCUUGACGCUCGUCAGUACUGCAGACAGGGUGACGAUGGUGACCUGGCCACCAUGCUUGACCAAUCACAGCUGCAGCAGCUUUUAGUAGCAGCCCAGGGCUCCUCUGCCCCUCAGGUCUGGAUCGGGCUGUACCAGGACCAGCCCCGCUGGCAGUGGUCCAGUGGAGACGAGGUCACCUACUACAACUGGAACAGGACCUAUUUCUGUGCUAAAGUCAACGCUGAAGGCACCUGGGAGGAUGCAGUGUGUGACGAUCUGAACUACUUCAUGUGCUCCACAGACUCCAGCCAGGGCUCCAGGACCUACACCCUGAUUAAGCAGAGCAAGACCUGGGCAGCCGCUCGAGAUCACUGCAGACAGCAGCACACUGACCUGGUCACCAUCAGCAGCCCCAGAGAGAACCAGGCAGUGAGGAAGACAGCACGGGGCAGCGUCUUCUGGAUCGGGCUGUUCAACCAGCCCUGGGAGUGGUCUGAUGGGGGAGACUCGUCAUUUCGACUGUGGGCUCCAGGAGAUCCUGACAAUCAGAACCGAACUGAGCUCUGUGUUUCAGUGACUGGUCCCUCUGUCAUUGUGUCUCCAUCUGUGUGGUACGAUAUGAACUGCCUGACUGCACUGUCCUUCCUCUGCUGUGACGGUGACGUCUUCUGGAUCGGGCUGUUCAACGAGCCCUGGGAGUGGUCCGACGGGGGAGACUCGUCAUUCCGAAACUGGACGACAGGGGAGCCGAACAACAUGGGUGGCAAUGAGAAGUGUGUACUGCUGUCUCUGAGCAGUCCGUCCAGGGGAGCCUUGAUCGAUAAGAAUUGUGGACGUGCGUUUCCCUUCCUCUGUCUUGGGGAUGCUCGAGACAUCGUGCUGGUGAAGGAGAACAGGAGCUGGGAGGAGGCGCUGGACUACUGCAGGACUCACCACACUGACCUCACCAGCCUCCUCUCUCAGACGGAGCAGGACCUCGCCGCCCUGGAGGUGGAAGGCGCCCGGUCUCCCCACGUGUGGCUUGGCCUCAGCUUAGUGUCUCCAGAGACCCCCAGGCAGAGUCUGACAGCAGCAGCAUCUCUCCAGGCACAGGCAGGAGGACUGGGCAGCUCUGGGACUCUGGGAGCUGUGACUCUGGUGCCCUCUGCUGGCCCAGGCUCAGUUUUACAGCCCAUUGGAGAUGCAGCGUUCAGCAUGAGGGUAAGAUUUGGGACUGUGCAGCAGAGCUCCUACUGCGCCCAGCAGGAGGUCCAGCGUGAGGUCCGGGGUCCCAGCCCUGCCUUCCUGAGCCGAGGCCAGAAACUCCUCUCGCACGCCGGCCACUCUUCUGGCACCAGCUGUUCACUCGAAACAAGGCUUCCCAACGGCAGGCCCAGGGGUCAGAUCCAGGCCGUCCCUGUCCCUCCUCGUUUGUCCCCUCACGUCCCCACGCAACCUCUUCCCUUCGGGAUCCGACCCCCUCGUCCCGCUCUCCCCGCAAGGGGGCGUGUCCCUCCCGCCCGCCUGCAAGAGAGGGGCGGAGGGGUCGGUCCAGAGGAAGAGCCCGCGGGGGGCUCAGGGCUUGGCGACUCUUUCCAGGUGCAUGGUGGGAAACAGGGGCCCCCGUCCUGA